UGGGGUGGCUGGAGUGUCCAAAACACACACACACUUCUUGCUUUACGGACCAGGAUGGCUCUGGAUGUGACCGUGUUCUUAGGGACGUUAUGUCUUGUCACUGGUGAUUGUUUCAAAUUCGUUGGCCCGAAGCGGUCACAUUUUAAUCGGAAGAACUGAAAUGCUGAUUUUUUUGGGGUGGGCGUCUGUCCAACCGCCUAGGGGAUUUCCACCCUGUUCUUGUAAACGUGGGCUGUGAGUCGAUACGGCACGGUCGCGCUCUCUUUCUCUGUGCUGUUGGGAAAGCUGUCUGCUCUGGCUAGAAUGUUCUUCCCAAGGGUGUCUUUGGGCGCCCGGGGUGUUGAGGCCCCCAGAUUCUUGUGCAUUCUGGGAGAGGCUAGCUUUGCUCUGUUCUGUCACUGCGGUUUUUUUCCUCACUCUUGUCCUCUAUCUCCCAGUUUGUCAUAAGAGUUCCUGAGGAGGAAAGUUGGGACAGUAGUAACAUGUGUUGUUUAAAGAGAAUCUUCUCAGGUCCAGGCACUGUGUGAGGUGCUGUGUAUGUGUCGUCUGAGUCCUCACCAUGACAACGCCCGGUAUCUGCACUUAUCCUGGUGUGUCAGCCAGCGUACCUGACACUCCGAGGUUAAAUGACGAUCCAGGCUCACCCAGCUGAGAGAUGGAUGUGUGACCGCAACGGCGGCCGGCGGCUGCGGCAAUGGCUGAUUGAGCAGAUCGACAGUACCAUGUACCCAGGGCUGAUCUGGGAGAACGACGAGAAGAGCAUGUUCCGGAUCCCUUGGAAACACGCUGGCAAACAGGAUUACAACCAGGAAGUGGACGCCUCCAUCUUCAAGGCCUGGGCCGUUUUUAAAGGGAAGUUUAAGGAAGGGGACAAGGCCGAGCCGGCCACAUGGAAGACGAGGUUACGCUGUGCUUUGAACAAGAGCCCGGAUUUUGAGGAAGUGACAGACCGGUCCCAGCUGGACAUUUCUGAACCGUAUAAAGUUUACCGAAUCGUCCCCGAGGAGGAGCAAAAAUGCAAGUUAGGCGUGGUGGCCCCCAGUUGCAUUAGUGAAGCCACAGAGAUGGAGUGCGGUCGCUCCGAAAUCGACGAGCUGAUCAAGGAGCCUCCCGUGGACGAUUACAUGGGGAUGGUCAAAAGGAGCCCCUCCCCGCCCGAGGCCUGCAGGAGUCAGCUCCUCCCGGACUGGUGGAUGCAGCAGCCCAGCGCAGGCCUGCCGCUGGUGCCAGGGUACAGCACCUACGACGCGCACCACGCAGCCUUCUCCCAGAUGGUCAUCAGCUUCUACUACGGGGGCAAGCUGAUGGGCCAGACCACCACCACGUGCCCCGAGGGCUGCCGCCUGUCCCUGGGCCAGCCCGGCCUGCCCGGCGGCAAGCUGUGUGGGCCCGAGGGCCUGGAGCUGGUGCGCUUCCCGCCGGCCGACGCCAUCCCCAGUGAGCGGCAGCGGCAGGUGACGCGGAAGCUGUUCGGGCACCUGGAGCGCGGCGUCCUCCUGCACAGCAGCCGGCAGGGCGUGCUGGUCAAGCGGCAGUGCCAGGGCCGCGUGUUCUACAGCGGCAACGCCGCGGCGGGCAGGGGCGGCCCCAACAAGCUGGAGCGCGACGAGGUGGUCAAGGUCUUCGACACCAGCCAGUUCUUCCGAGAGCUGCAGCAGUUCUACAACAGCCAGAGCCGGCUUCCCGACAGCAGGGUGGUGCUGUGCUUCGGAGAGGAGUUUCCAGAUAUGACCCCGUUGCGCUCCAAGCUCAUUCUCGUGCAGGUCGAGCAGCUCUACGUCCGACAGCUGGUGGAAGAGGCUGGGAAGAGCUGCAGCGCCGGCUCCAUGAUGCAGGCUCCCGAGGAGCCCCUGCCAGACCAGGUCUUCCGCAUGUUUCCAGAUAUUUGCGCCUCACACCAGAGACCUUUUUUCAGAGAAAACCAACAGAUCACAGUUUAAGUCUCUCUCUUGGGCACCCCGCCCCGCCCACAUCUAGAAUUUCAUUAUUACAAUUACUGUCGUAAUUAUUUAAGGAUGUGGAUCCCUCUGACCUGGGGUGGAAGGCUUUACCCCUGCUCUUCAUUUAGUAAGGGCGUCCUCUGAGGACUUGACAGGGAAACAGAGCCGUGCCCCACUUCUGCCGUUCAGGUGUAAGCGUCGAAACUCGCACCAGACGCUCUGGAGGCUGUAACGAUAACUUGUGAUUAAAACAUUUAUUUCCUGCAUUUUCCCCUAAUUACCAUUAGUUGCUAUGAUUCUUUCAGUAUUUGGGGAUACUUGAUAUUUCCAAAGACCUGGCAUUCAAUUUUAUUAGCAAAUAGCUGUUUCCAGAACAGAAAUCUGGAGUAGAAGAUCAGUUUAACUUUGGUUAGAGCUAUAGAGUUAUCAUUUCAUAUGCUUGAUUCAGUGAAGUGUCUUCUUUUAAGCAUGUUAAUAAGAUUUAAAGACACCUGGAUACCGGCCUUCCUUUAAUAAGUGAAAGCACAACGCUUGGGUUUUUAGAAGAACGCAUCGUCUUCCUAGAAUUUGGUGCCAGGAGAGCAUUUCCAUUGCCAGGUGAACUGGUGUGUUUUCAUCUUCAGACAAUGAAAACUUUCCUUUGGGGCCUUUGUUGCCAGGAAGCUUAGAGCUAAGUUUAUUUUUUCAUUUCUGUAAUUAAAUCAUCUGACAUACCUCUCUCUUCUUCAUUCUAAAUGGUUUUCACCUGUUUUUAAAAUAUUUGUACUUUUAAUGGCCCUUUUUGAGUUAAUUGUCCUAUUGUAAACUGCCUUGAAUCUUUUUUUUUAUAAAGUGGGCAGGAUGUAAA